UGCAAAAAACACACCUACAAAAGCGAGUCGACUGGGACAUUGGACGGGUGGGACGCCAGUAACAGAACUCAUACAAAAAUGUCCAACGAUAUGAUGGCACUGUACUGGGAGUUGGCCUCCGUCGACCCCACAGUACGUCAAAAAGCUGCCGACAAACUUGUCCGCGCUCUGUACACAUUCCAGCAUGAUCUCCACCCAACACUGGAAAACGCCGUCUCAACGCCUUCAGGCGAUAAUUUGGACCAACUUUGUGCACAGGAUGUAUCGUACGGUAUUAAGCGAUUGCUGAGAGGGUUGCCUUCUUCGAGGGAUGGAGCCCGGCAGGGGUUUGCGGUUGCUUUGACAGAGUUGCUGAAAAGUUUGGAAUUUCUUCGAGUCUCAACGGCUCUGUCUCUACUCGCCAAACUGACACAAACCGAAGGAGCAAAAGGCCAGGAGGAGCGGGAUAUCCUGUUUGGACGGAUCUUUGGGUUAAUGGCCAUAUGUCAGGCGGACAUGUUGGCAAGACCGCAUACCACGAUUGAAGAUGUACAGGAGAUGGUGACGAGGCUUUUGAAAUAUGCAUCGAGCAAGUCGUACAUCAAGGAGACUUGCUUCAAAGUGUUGAUAACCAUGGUGGAGAAGCUACAUGAAACAAAACUAGAGGCGGAGGCUGUGGAGUAUGUUAUUCCCACUGUUUUGAGCAAGGGGAUUGAGGGUCCAGAGGAGCUGUGGUUUGCUAUUGUCAUGCAAUCUCGGUAUCCAAAGUUUGCAUGGGCAUCCGUCCUCCCAUCCUGGAGAGAUGGUUCAGUCCUCCACACAAAGAACAAGACACAGCUUGUCGCGAUUCUCAAAGAGUCGACGUACACUAUUCCACGCGUUCACUUGGUAUGGGACGCCUUGUUGGAUGCUGUGCUUACCAGCCCUCCAUUAAGCAAGCUCUCCAUUCGGGAUUUAUGGAGCGUCCUCGAUGACGCACUGUUUUCCUCCUCUUACGAACGCAAAUUCCUUGGUUUACUCCUCUUUCAAAAGAUUCUUCCCCGUCUUGAUGCGACCGAGGUUCCAUUCUUGUUCACACCUCAACUCCUCCGCACACUGAUCAACAACCUUGCGAAACACGACAAUUACCUGCAUAAAGUCGCCAAACAGACGGCCAGCAUGCUUUCAACUGUGGCCUUAGAGCGGAAAGAUGUUGCAUUGCAGCUGGUGUUGCAGCUGGUCGGGAAGAAUGGACAUCAGAGGUUCGAUCAGGUGACCAAGACGAAAACAGUUGAGAACAUCUUGGGUAGCUUGGAAGGAGAAGGAAUCGAAACCUACAUCAAAUAUCUCCAAGACAUGUUUGUAAACCAAGGUGAACCGGGUGACGCAGGGGAGGCGGAUACUGUGAAUCAACGCCGGCAAUGGGCCGUAGACCAGAUGUUGCUUCUUUUAAAGAACGGAAAGAUCCCAAAGGAGGAAAAAUGGAUCCAGCGGAUUGCGCGUUUCGUAUGGCUUCAUGCUUUUUUCAAGGUUCAAAAAGCAGACCCAAAGGUGGAUGUGAUUCAAGUCCCGCGUCCAGAGGUAUCCGACGCUACUAGGGAACUUUGCACAGAAAGACUAGGUAGCUUGUUGGCCACACUUGCCGGAAUUGCUUUGAAAUCAACUGGAGAAACGCGAUUGGCCCCAGGGACCAUGACAGAUGGCCAGUAUUGGGCAAACGAUCUCCACACCUUCACGGUGGAUCUUUCCAAGAACAAGCGCGUAUCGCUCCUGGUGGAACUAGACCAAGAAGCGCAACAAACCGUUCAAAACGCAACAUCCACCCUUCAUUCCAUUCAGAAGCGGAUUACCAAACCCGAAGUGUCCCAAAACCGCGACGUCUUGGCCCAAUACAAGGCCUUUGAGCUACUCUUCCUCCAUCUUCUUCUCCAUGUGUAUAUUGAACCGGCGGAAGCUGUUGGCGUCCUCGACGAACUGAAGAAUUGUUUUGACCUGUUUUUCCAGGACAAAUCUGCAAGUCCUAAAAAGAGAAAGGCAAAGGAUGCUGACGAUAUGGAAGAAGAUCACGCUCCUAUCGAGGUUUUGGUGGAUAUUUUGAUCAGUUUCUUGGCGAAACCUUCCGCUCUCGUUAGGAGUUUGUCGCAGGAUGUAUUCAAAGUGUUUAAUAACCAGUUGACGAAAAAGUCGUUGGACCUUAUCUUUGAGGUAUUAUCUGCAAAGGGCGGUGUUGCCGGUGCUCAAGAGCUCUUUGAGGAGGAGGAAGAAGAGGACGAGGAUGUUGACAUGGAGAGUGGUGAUGCCAUGGAUGUUGAUUCGAAACAAGAGGACGAUGAUGACGAAGACGAUGAAGAAGAGGGCGAAGACGAGGACGAGGACGAAGAUGAUGAUGAUGAAGAAGAAUCUGGAGAGGUGGACGAAGAGCUUCGACGUAAAAUCAAGGAAGCCCUAGGCAAUGCCGCCAUCGACGAAGAAGAUGAUGAUUCAGACGAAGAGGCAUUUUUGGAUGACGAUGAAAUGGAGGCAUUUGAUGAUAAACUGGCAGAAAUUUUCCGUCAACGAAAGGAAAUAAAAACCGCAAAGAAAGAUGUCAAAAAUCAAGUAUUGCACUUUAAACUCCGUGUGGUCGACCUCCUCGACAUCUUCCUCCGUAAAUCUCCUCAAAACCCGCUCGUCAUCGAACUCAUCAUGCCCCUCAUCAAGCUCAUCACAAGCACCUCACGUAGCACAGACGACAAAGAUCUCCACGAGAAACUCCUGUCCCUUGCUAAAAACAAGCUUUUCAGGCUCAGGGAAGUGCCGACGGAGCCUGCUCUGAAUGUCGAUCGGGCUGUGGAGGUAUUGAAGGAGGUUCAUGAGUAUGCGCGCCGAGCAACGGAUGCCACGUUGUUUGGGUUGUGUAAUGGGGCGUCGUUACUCUUGACCAGGAUCUUGAGUCAUGUCAAGGAACCCAUUCCUAAGAAGGAGGUGAAGAAGACACCAAAGAAGCGCAAGGUCGAGACAAAGGAGGCGCCAGACACAAAGCCCAUGAGCCGCGUCGCAUCAGUCUACCAAGAAACCUUGUCUGAUUUUAUGACCAAGAACAAAACCCGCGUCAAACCCGUUAUCUUCCUUGAUCUCAUCAACCGGUAUCCGGUCUACGCCUGGGAACUCUUGCCCUCCCUCGUAGACUUUACAUCCGAGUCUGUCGAUGCCAAAGCGUACAAUCUGGUCCAAGCGUACAACAUUAUCAGCCGGAUUAUGAAACAGGCACCCAAAGGGGAGGAUGAGGAGCGGGCCAAGGUUGUCAAAGAGGUUUUGCCCAAAUUGGCAGAGAAUUUUAUCCGCACUUUGCAGCAGGCAGUUGACGGAGAGGUGGAUGGGCCGAGGAGUUUAGGAAAGGAGAGGGUAAAGGAUUUGCUAAAGGAUAUGAUGGCGGUUGCCAGGCGAAGUGUAAAGCUGAUUGAUGAUCAGGAUGAGAUUUCAAAACUGUGGCGAGCGGACGAGAUACGACAAGCUUUGGACCGAUUAUGUGACAGUGAGCGAUUCCAAGGCGUUACCUCCCUGAAGGGUCAAAGCAAGCAGCUGUUGGCGUUGGUGGAGAAGAAAGCCUAAUUUGGGUGUAGAUUGGGAUGUGUGCACGAAUUUGUAUCAUAUGCUGCAUCAUGUUAUUUAUUUUGGUAUUAGAAUAUAUUUGUUUUGCCUAGCUGUCCAC